GAGAGUUCAAAAGGAAAAGAAAACCCCCAUUGGAUUUGGAGAGGAAGGGGACCGCUCUAUCUGCUAACAUACGAAUCCGUACCGUAAUUCCGAAAUGCAAAGUUUUCUGCUGCCGGCAGCUCGUUCCGGCAGUGCACCGCCGCCGUUGGCCGUAAACAGACCCUCACUACCGAACCUCCACCGACCUAUUUCUGGACUCAAUAUCCCCUCAUUGCCUACUCAUCCAUCGCUUUUCUUUACACCGUCUUCGCCUUUUUCCCCUCACAUUUAUCGGAAUCAAAUCAAAUACCCUAAUAAGCGCGCUUCAGCUCCCAUUUGUGCGGCCAACGAUUCACCCAAUGUAGACCUCGAUAAAGCAAAACUGGCUCAGGUUGCAAAGAGAUUAGAGAGUACUUCAAGGUAUUUCAAGAGAUUGGGUAGCUUAGGGUUUUGGGGACAGCUUGUUUGUACGGUUGUAGCUGCAGUCAUCCUUUCGUUUUCAGUUGUGAUUACUGGGAAGAUCACGUCACCAGCUACAUUCUAUUCUACUGUUGGUGGUAUUGUAGCUGCUUUCCUCUCGGUGUUCUGGUCAUUUGGCUAUAUUCGUCUUUCUGAUAGGCUUCGGAGAACCGUCAACGACCCUUCUAAGGCUCCUCCUCGUGGUGAAGUUGUUAAGAGAUUGAAAAAUGGCAUAACCUUAAACCUUUUGGGCAUCGGUGCUGCUAUCCUGGGGAUGCAAGCGACUGUAGGAAUGCUGGUGGCGAAGGCUCUCACAACGUCGGCUAAUCCAUAUUAUGUGGGUAUUCCCCCUGGGAAUAGCCCUGUUCUUGCAUUGGAUGUCUUCUUGGUGCAGGCCAGUGCCAAUACUAUCCUAUCACAUUUCUUGGGACUUGUGUUUUCGUUGGAGCUACUGCGCUCCGUGACGGUACCACCUACGGAUAGCGUCCCAGUUCCCAGGACAGCGGCAGCAUGAGUUUGCAGACCGUAACAAGAUUCGCAUAAACAAUGAGUGCUUGAACAAGCAUAUCUUUUGUGCACAUUUAAGAAAAUCUCUUAACUUUAUUUUCAAGAUGCAAACUAAAACCUUGUCUGUAUCAUAGACAAAGUUUUGUAUUGGUUUUAAAAUAUAUCCUGAAGUAGGGUUCAAGAUGACC